GGAGAGGAGAGCUAGAGAAAAUGGCGAAACAGCUGUUGUCUGAAGCGAAGGAACAAUUAGGGACCCUUUUGAAUGGAAAGGAUGGGCGUCUCAAGACCAAGCUUAGUCUUGAAGAUCUGGAGAAGCGUUCUUUCGAUUUCCCAACCUUGGUUGCAAUUAUUCAAGAAGCAGAGGCCAUGACCCUCAUCACACCGAUGGCGAUGGAGAGGGUCAAUUAUGAGGGGAGGACUUUGAUGCUUAAAAACUUUCUUGAACUCAAAGCAUUUGUCUAUGAGGUGGAAGACCGUUUAGACAUGCUGAGAAUCGAAGCUCUCAUUUCACAGGAACGUGGUAAGGAUCUUUUUGCUCGUGUUGGCUCUAUGACUCUCCAUCUCCAGGGAUCCGAACCUGAUGACCAAGACAACAACACUCAUCUGAUGGCUCGAGGAUAUAACAAGGUACGCAAGUUCUUAUUCCGUUGCCACAGAAAAUUUCGGCUUAAUUUUACUGAUCUAGAGCCAAAUUUUUCCUGGAUAAAUGAGAUCCGUUCCCCCAGGAACUUAACUGCUACUGAAAAUCCCAAGUCUCCUGGGGUCCCGAAGGUUGUUGGCCGAGAUGAAGACAAAAUAAGUAUUGUAAACUUACUUGAGUCAGAUGAUGAUCAACAGUGUCAGCAGGGUCUACCAGUGAUUUCAAUUGUUGGUCCAGGGGGAAUUGGGAAAUCCACCCUGGCUGAACUUGUUAUCGGUGAUGAUAAGGUAAUGGAGCUUUUUCAAAUCAAAAUGUGGGUUGUAGUGUCUGCUCAUGAAGAUUUGAGAGGAAUUGCAAGAGGGCUUUUAAAGUCUGCCAAUCUAUGUGGAGAUGAUCCCGUACAACUUCUUCGAGAUACUGUGGGUAAAAAGAGAUCUCUACUUGUUUUAGAUGAUGCGAGGUUUCUGGAUAUUGAGAAGAUAGAGCAGUUGAAGGCUUCCCUCAAGUAUACAGGGAUCAGGGGAAGCCGGAUUUUGGUCACAACUCGAAACGAAAAGGUUGCAAGGCAAUUGGGCACUUCGCUACCCUAUUUCUUGCAGCCUCUGAACAUGGAUGCUUGUUGGCUCUUGUGCCAAACGAUUGCAUGCGCGCGUAGUUGUGGAAAUCAAAGUUUUAAGAAACAAAUCCAAAACAACACUCCGUUCAUGGAACAUUUGAAGAGCCAUAUUUUCAAAAGAAGUGGAGGAUUGCCUCUGUUUGUCAAGGCUUGGUGUGAAAUUCUUCAUUCAGAGUAUCCGAAAGGAAGAUGGAAAUCGAUCAUGGAGUGUGAGCUAAGGGAAGCUGAUAGUAAUGUGUGGGAUGACCUCUGUCACAGGCUCGAAUCGAGUUAUAGUUCCUUGCCCAGACAUCUGAAACUAUGUUUCAAAUAUUUCUCACUGAUACCAAAAGGGUACUGGAUAGAAAAGGAAGUGUUAACCCAGUUAUGGAUGGCUGAGGGUUUCACUAAUCCUGAAGAGGAGGAAAAUGCUGAGAAAUGCUUUGAAGAAUUGCUGUUUCAGACUUCUUUCUUUAAGGAUAUAGAGAAAGACGAAGAUGGAAGCAUAGUUAGAUGCAAGAUCCAUGAACCAUUGUAUGAUAUCAUUUGUCGCAUAUCCGAGGGAGAGUUCUGUUUUAUAACGGAUGGAAGAUUCAAUGAACUGCCUUUAAAACCAUACUCCCUCCAUUCUUCAUUGUGUUGCUUCAAUGAAAUGCCCACUGAAAACGACUUACAUGAAGCCAAAAAAAUGCGCACCCUCUUAUGUUUCCGGAGUCCGAGCAAUUUCAAGGUGAGUGAUUUGAGUCAUUUGAUCUCUCACUUUAAGUUGCUUAGGGUAUUAGAUUUGAGUUCGUCUAUUAUUGAAGAGUUACCAAAUUCUGUUGCCAAAUUGGAACACUUGAGAUACCUCAAUUUGUCUAAUACCCAGAUCAAGAAGCUCCCCGCAUUUAUUUGCAAUCUCUAUUUGCUUCAGGCCUUGAAGCUUUCACAUUCAUUACUCAGUGAAUUGCCCAGAGGAAUGUGGAAACUACAAAAUCUGAGGCAUCUAGAAAUCGAUGGCACUCCCAUGAAUCAUUUACCACCUGGGAUUCGUAGACUCAAUAACAUACGAAAGUUGAGUGAAUUCAUUGUGGGGGGUGAUGGUGGAUGUAGCAUUGGAGAGCUGGCGAAUCUUCGAGACCUCCAAGGAAGGUUAAUUAUUAGUCACUUGGACAGGGUUGUUGACCAGGGCGAGGCCGAAAGAGCAGAUCUAAAUACAAAAGGCUGCAUAAAGCAUCUGAUAUUGGAUGGUAAGAAACAUUUGAACUCACAAAAUUUGUGGCACAAGAGGCGUUUCAAUUCGUUGUUGUUGGAGCACAUGUGUAGCGAGGCUGAGUUCAAACUAGAUGAUGAUAGAAAAAUGAAAAGUGAGAAAGUGUUUGAAGGCAUCAAUCCACAUCCAGGCUUAAAAAAGUUAGAGAUAUGGAACUAUUUUGGGUCCAAGCUUCCCAAAUGGCUGGAAAGUGGAUCACUCAGUGAACUGGUCUCUUUAAAAGUUGCUAAAUGUUUAAAGAUGGAACAAAUGCCCCUCCUUGGUGGACUACCAUCUCUUAAAUUUCUCCACAUAUGUGACAUUGUUGAAGUGAAAAGUAUAGGAAACUAUGACCUAAAAGGUUUUCCCAAGUUGGAGCAGCUCACUUUGGAGGAAAUGCCUAAAUGGGAGGAAUGGAAUUUGGAAUUGCAAGAAGGAGACUUGCCCUGUUUCUUGGGACUGAUACUCUCUAAGUGCCCCAAAUUGAAAAACCUUCCAGUCUUGCCAUGGACAUUCAGGAAAUUAGAAAUUCAUGAUUGCAAAGGUAUUGAAUGGAAUCCAUUCCCUCCACUCCCAACUUUGGAGUACCUUGUGCUGAAAGGAAUUGGGAAUAUGUGUUCCUUACCAGACGCUCCCAAUCUUGUGUCUUUGACCAUUGCCUUAUCGCCCGAAAUGACAUCUUUUCCAAAUGGAUUCGACAAACUCAAGUCACUUUCAGCACUUAACAUCUACUUUUGUCCAAGGUUGAGCUUACUUCCAAAGGAGCUCAGCAAUCUUCAAAGAAUACAUAUAGCUGGAUGUCGACUCCUAACGGACUGGUUGAAGAAAAAUAAAGAGAUUUUGAAGAAGAUACCAUAUAUAGAGGUGGACAACAAGGUGCCUACUAAAUCCAACCUGCGUGAGAAAUUUAUUGCCUCCCCCAGUAAAGGAGAAGAAGAAGAAGCAGAGGUACGAGUAGAGAAGGUUAAUCUCGAGCCGAAUGCGAGCAAAUUGCGGUCACUGUUCAACGUGGAUGUAAACUGCUUCGAAUGCGACGAAGAAGAAUUCAAGAAGCUAAAGGAACUUGUGACUUUGCAGCUGGGACGAUGGAGUACCACACCUGAACAUCACAUUGAACUGGUGAACCCAAUCUUCCUCGAUCAUUUGAAGCGCUUGAAAAAAUUGAGGUAUCUGGGUUUACAGGGGAUUUCAAGGAUAACAGAGCUUGCAGGGAUUCAACAGCUUAGUGAAUUGAGGGUUUUGGAUCUCCGAGCAUGUCAUAAUUUGGAGAAAUUACCAGCGGAGAUAGCUUCACUCAAGAAGCUGAGUAUAUGCCAAAGGGUCUCAGAGAUCUUUCAGAACUUCAAUUGUUGA